GGUGUUCUGUAAAGGAUGUAACAACUGUCCCCAUCUCUGUGCGAAAUUAUAGUUUACUACGUAUCGGCCUUGCAUUGAAUUUUCAACAAGGCAAGAGCCGUCGACUGUGGCUCGUUUUGAACUCAAACACACAUUCUUUCUUGUGCAAGCCAACAUUACGAUUCCAACAUGCAACGGACAACGCGUCAAGGCGCAGGAAAAGGCGGUGCCCCAUCACGGCAUGGAUCAUCAGAAACAGUACUCGCACCGCCUUCAUUUCCAUUGCUCAAGAUGACACUUAUUGCAAUGGUCAAUCUCGCAACAGCAUAUUCAACGUUGACGUGGAUCCCUGCUAAACUGAUCCAGACUAACAUCAGCGAACACCAAACUUUUGCCAACAAUGCCAAUAUUAGCAGCGACAGUAGUGUUAGCCAAACACUUCCCUCUCUGUCAUGGACACUAAUUGUGUUAUUUGGUUUUCAAACGCUAGUGGGCCUCGCCCAGGCGUACCUCCAUUCUAAAAAUACUGCUGUGAAUAAAAAGAUUUCUGAAAGGAGUAGUCAGUUGUCGUCAUCACCUUUUGCAAUCCUUAGUGUCUCGAUGACGAUCGGUGCUGUUGGGGCCUCAGUUUGCCAUUUGUUUGCGGUUCUCUUUGGAGCAGGAAUUUUUCAUCAAUCAAAGGAGACAGGGCAAUUGGCGCUCUAUCUCUCAUUGUUGACAUUCUAUCCAGCUUCAUUUGUGCUUGGAACAGAUUUCAAGAACUGGAUUCGAAUCUUUGUUCAUAACAGUCCACGGACAUUCACUGAAGCUGCGCUCUAUUGCCAGGGAAUGAUGGCUAUUUUCGGGGCAUGGCUUGGCUCAAUUGUGAUUCCUUUGGAUUGGGAUCGACCUUGGCAGGCAUGGCCAGUCCCUUGCGUCUUGGGUGCAUCGCUCUUCUACUGUAUCGGUGUUGUUGUAGGAUUGGUUGUGAGCAUCGUCAUGCAUCAACGAGUUGCACGGAGCGAGUUUGGGGUUAAUCUCGCCGAGCAGAAGGAUAACAUGAAGGAACACAAGAAGGUCAAGGGUGCAUAACCUGCAUGGGAUCUGUGCACGGGCAGGACGUUGGUGGUCAUGAUUGGAAAAGCCGGCCAUCGUGCUUACACGCGUGGGGAGAACUUUCAUUGCUGUUGAUUGUCUCGCUUUCUCCUUGAAUGAUUAUCCUCCAUGUACUCC